AUGGGCAACAUGAAGAAACAAGAGACAAGAUCCAGCAGAGGAGCAAGAGAAGCCGCCGUUUCUUCCUCGCCACACAAGAACUCAACUUUGGUCGCGAAACUCCGCCAUGACCCGCGGCCACUCUACAAGCUUCCGCCUUAUAUCUCCGUUCUUUUCGUUCUAGUCGGGGUAAUAUGGCUCCUCCUCCUUCCCCUGGACGAAUACUCGCGAGAAACGUACAUCUCAGAAAACGCCCUGCUUCCCGGUCAGGUGCACACAUAUUUUGCUGGCAGCGAGCAGAAUAUAUUUCGCGCAUAUAGACAGGAGCUCGACACUGUGAAGGAUCUCGAUUACAACUUCGUUUCUGAGAAGCUGCAGUCCGUAUUUCGAGAAUCAGGAUUGAAGGUUGCUACACAAAACUACGAAUAUCAAUCUGCUGGGAAUACGUACGCGGGGCAAAAUGUUUACAGUGUGAUACAUGCCCCUCGUGGAGACGGAACUGAAGCAAUUGUCCUCAUAGCAGCUUGGAAAACUGUCGACGGGGAACUUAAUCUCCACGGAGUUGCAUUGGCGUUGACAUUGGCGAGCAAGUCGGGGGCCCAAGCCUGGGUUGACGCCUAUCAUGAUAUGCACCCGCCCUCCGUUCAAUCGCUCCCACUCAAAAGCGGCGCAAUACAAGGCGCAAUUGCAUUUGAGCACCCGCAGAACCACAGAUUCGAAUCCUUGCACAUCCUAUAUGAUGGUGUUAACGGACAACUACCGAACCUUGAUUUGUUCAACACGGCCGUUGCCAUUGCCCGCGGUCAGAUGGGUAUCCCCGUUGAUUUGCAGCAGGUAUGGAACCACGAUAAUAGCUAUCAGAAACGGCUUCAGACUAUGCUUAAGGGUAUGGUUCGCCAGGGUUUAGGCCAUGCUGCCGGGGUUCAUAGCAGCUUCAUCCCGUAUCAUAUCGACGCAAUUACUUUUCAGACCAUAGGUCACGGGUGGGAAGACGAAAUGGCACUUGGAAGGUCGAUAGAGGGCCUUGUUCGCAGUAUCAACAACCUCCUCGAGCACUUCCACCAAAGUUUCUUCUUCUACCUGCUUAUGCAUUCGAAGCGUUUCGUCAGCAUCGGGACCUACCUUCCCAGCGCAAUGUUAAUUGCAGGAAAUUUUACCAUUAUGGCAAUCGGUCUGUGGCUUAAGAGUGGACACCAAGCUGCAAACGCAGCCUCAGAUCUACAUUCAACCCCCUUUUCAGACAAAUCGGGAGGGGGAAAGCGAACGCUUACCGCCACUACCACCACCACCACUGUUGAUGGCAACAAUGGUACUGUAGAAAGGCACCUAUCACUUCCACUCGCCCUGGUUUUUGGGUUGCAUUUCCUUGGAGUAGUUCCAUUAUACGCUUUCAACAGUCUCCCUCACCAGCUUCUAUCCUAUGCAGCUUAUAUCUUUGCCGUUGCGAAUAUCGCUAUUCCCCUCGUCAUAGCAGUACUUGUGGCUCGCUUUCUACAGCCGACAACCCAACAGCUCAUCCUCACCAAAUCCUUCUCCCUUGUCCUCCUGGGCUUAUUCCUUUCAGCUCUCGCGACGCUUAACUUCUCCUUGUCUUUACUUCUUGGCCUUCUCUGUACUCCUCUCACUUUUAUUGGCUACACGGAACCAUCCGCAUCCGCGGUUCCUCAAGCAUCCAAGUCGGCCAAAGAUGCUAAAAUUAACUUUACACGGACAGAAAGUGAAACCACCGCGACGCCCAAUAUCCUUGUAGUCAAAACUGCAGUUGGGAUUUUGCUCCUCAACCUUAUAUCGCCCACCGCUCUGCUUCUUGGCAUAUGUACAGCUCAAAAUAUACCGGUGGAGCUCGUUCUAUCCGAAGCAGCUUUUGGAUGGAACGUUUGGGGAAUGUGGACUCAGGUUGCGGUUUGGUGUAUAUGGUGGCCGGCAUGGCUCGUGGGCUUUGAAGCGAAUGGCGGUCUUUGUGUAUUCAUGAAGAAUUUAGAUUAA